AUGGAGAAUCAAACCACAGUGCCUUACUUUCUGCUCCUGGAAUUCUCAAAAAAUCGGCAUCUGCAGCUUCUACAUUUCUUCUUAUUCUUCAUAUUAUACUUGGCAACUGCCACAGCUAAUCUUAUCAUCAUCUCUGCAGUCCCUUUUGACCAUCGACUACACACCCCCAUGUAUUUCUUUUUAAUGAACUUGGCAGUGCAGGACCUGGGGAUUGUUUCAGUCAUUGUCCCCAAAUCCAUGAUAAAUUCUCUCAUGGGCACCAGACACAUCUCUUACUAUGGUUGUGUUGCUCAACUCUUUCUCUUUGUUUCCUUUGAGGCUUCUGAUUUCUCCCUCCUGACAGUCAUGGCCUAUGAUCGGUAUGUUGCCAUCUGCAAUCCACUGCACUAUGAGAUGGUGAUGAACUGGAAAGCCUGCACCAAAAUAGUGAUUCUGGUGGGGGUUACAGGUCUUCUCUAUGGAACGUUGCAUACCACUGGCACUUUUUCCAUCCCUUUCUGUUCUAAUGUUGUUAACCAGUUUUUCUGUGAAAUUCCACAAUUGCUAAAGCUACCUUGCUCUGGCUUCAAUCUCAUUGAAGUAGGAGUUCUUGUGGCCAGUUUCACUGGAGGAUUAGGUUUUUUUAUUUUGAUAAUUGUUUCUUAUGCCAUGAUCUUCAAGGCAGUGUUGAGAAUCCCUUCUGUGAAAGGAAGGCAGAAGGCCUUUUCCACUUGUCUGCCCCACCUUAUAAUCUCUUGUAUGUUUUUGGUAACUUCAUGCUUGGCCUACCUAAGACCUCCCUCUAACACCCCAACUUACUUAGAUUUAGCAUUCACUGUCCUAUAUUCCUUACUUCCACCCCUGGUCAAUCCAAUCAUUUAUAGCAUGAGAAAUAAGAGUAUCAAACUUGUCCUGUGGAGAUUCUGA